GGCAACCCACGCCACACUACACUCACACUUCAAACUUACCCAGGACCGGAAGUUUCUUUUUUUUCUCCCCCAUCGGAGGACCAGAAGUUUCCAGCAGCAUGUACGUAUUCCAAUCCAACGGCACCAUUUGUGGAAACAAAAGCCCACUCCUCACCGCACCAAAUCAAAAUUAUUUAUUUCGCACUUAAUUAGCACAAUCAAAGCCCCUGUCAUGCGUGCCUACACAAGCAGAGCACCACCACACCGCCUGGCCAUUCCAUUCCCCCUUCACGAAUCCCAGCCUUCCACCAGGUAGGAACCCCAUCAUUAUUCUUCGCACCCAAACCAAAACAGACAAAAGUUUACCAAGAACCGCACGCCACGACACACUGCCCUGCUUCGCUUUGGCUUUGGGAGUGGCCGAGUGGCAUCCAACAGCGGUUCUUCUUCUCGCUUGGCUGGGCAGGCAUGUCGACGCCGGGAGGAGCGGGGGCGUCGUCGCACGGGGUGUGCUGCAGCUCGGGCGGGACGCUGGAGCUCGUGGCGGCGUUCACGGCGGUGUGCCUGGCGCUGUACGGGGUCAUCCUCUACCUCAACUACCUCUACGUGCGCUGGAACGGCCGGGACGGCGUGCACCGGGCCACGGGAUCGGGAUCUCCUUCUUCUUCAGCGGCGGCGAGGAAGGGGGCAGGCGGAGGGGGGCUCGACAAGGCGGCUCUGGCCGCCAUACCGGUGUUCACGUUCAAGGCGGAGGACGCGCACGGGCCGGCGGUGGAGUGCGCCGUGUGCCUGGGCGCCAUGCAGGACGGCGACGCCGUGCGCGCUCUGCCCGGGUGCGGCCACGCGUUCCACGUCGCCUGCGUCGACGCCUGGCUCCGCGCGCACGCCUCCUGCCCCGUCUGCCGCGCGCGCCCCGCCCUGCCGCCCAAGGCCAAGGCGGCGCCGGCCGAGCCCGCCGCCGCCGGCCGGAUGCCGGACCUGGAAAGCCAGGCUUGAUUAGCUUUGCUUGAUUUUAGCCUUCCACAUCUUCCGUGCGUGUUUUGUUUCCCUGUUUCCUUGCUUAAUUUCUCGGGAGCACGAAUGGUUUAUCAGCCAUUGAGUACAUAAUUUCGCUGUUGAUGUGCUUCGAUUCGCACCAAGGAUAAUGUUCGUGCCGUGGCUUGUAGACCUGUGCAUUGGUGACCGGUGUUAAUACCCUAGUAUUGUGGUAUUUUUCUCCUUUUUCCUAGUUUGA